AUGGAGAUGGAGAGUUACAGAGGAAACCCAGGAUUCAGGAUCGAGGAUAGAGCAGAGAAAAUUCAUUUCGCAGCGAAUCCCUCGGGGAUGCUCGGGAGCUCAAUAUCUCCAGCUGAACGCGAAAAAUACAGCAGACCGAGGAGUACACCUGACCCAGGACACCACGAUCACAUGCAUUUGAAAAAAAUGAAGAAGGAGCAAGACAAAGACCUGGGACAUCAAAGCGAUGGUGAAAAGAGUGACCAGGAUUUGGUGGUAGACGACGCGAGUGAAGGAGCAGCUAGCCCAGCGGCGAAUGGAACCUCCUCACCGCGAGAAAACGGACUCGAGAAGAUGGGUCCGUCAGUUGGGUUGAUGAGCAGCCAAAUGAAAAAGGAAAUACCGCCUCAGUCGCCAAAAAGCGGAACUAGCAGCAACGCGAGCACUCCGUCAGCAAAGAAGAUGGAGGAACGCGAGAAACCUUCUACACCGAUAUCGAAACCCGUGACACCUACUUCGGCGGGUGGAAGCAGUUCUGGAUCCGGAGGUCUGAAACCCAGUGGCUCGAACAAACCUCUCGUUCCAGCAUCGGCUGUUGGUCCUUAUCCACACUAUCCUCCACCUCACCAUCCCCCAGCUGGACCUCACGUUGAAAUGCUGGGAUACCCACCUGGGGCUCUCAAUGGAUACCCAACUAGACCGCCUCUUCAGCAACUUUACGACCCUCACGGCGCUAUGAGAGCACCACUUGGUCCUCUAGGAGUUCCUGGCGGAAAACCAGCCUACAGUUUCCACGUUUCAAGUGAAGGUCAAAUGCAACCAGUGCCCUUUCCGCAAGAUGCCCUAAUCGGGCCAGGAAUACCAAGACACGCACGUCAGAUAAACACUCUCACUCAUGGAGAAGUUGUCUGUGCAGUGACAAUCUCUAAUCCUACCAAGUACGUCUACACCGGGGGCAAAGGCUGCGUCAAAGUCUGGGAUAUCAGCCAGGGAGGAAGCGGCAGCGCUAAACCAGUCUCCCAGUUGGACUGCCUUCAACGCGACAACUACAUCAGGUCGGUUAAGCUUCUCCCCGACGGAAGAACGCUCAUCGUCGGAGGUGAGGCCAGCAAUCUCAGUAUCUGGGACCUGGCGAGUCCCACGCCAAGAAUAAAGGCCGAAUUGACGUCUGCUGCGCCAGCUUGCUACGCUCUCGCGAUAUCUCCAGACUCAAAGGUCUGCUUUAGCUGCUGCAGUGACGGAAACAUCGCCGUCUGGGAUCUCCAGAACCAGACACUCGUCAGGCAGUUCCAGGGACACACAGACGGCGCCUCCUGCAUAGACAUCUCCGCAGAUGGGUCGAAGCUCUGGACCGGCGGGCUUGACAACACCGUGAGGUCUUGGGACCUCAGAGAGGGCAGACAGCUCCAGCAGCACGACUUUACCUCCCAGAUAUUCUCACUGGGGUACUGCCCCACCGGAGAGUGGCUCGCGGUUGGAAUGGAGAACUCUAACGUCGAAGUCCUCCACGCGAACAAACCCGACAAGUACCAGCUUCAUCUCCACGAGUCUUGUGUCCUGUCACUUAGAUUCGCCUCUUGUGGGAAGUGGUUCGUCUCCACCGGCAAAGACAAUCUACUUAACGCUUGGCGUACGCCUUAUGGUGCCUCCAUAUUCCAGUCAAAGGAAUCAUCAUCAGUAUUAAGCUGCGAUAUAUCAACCGACGACAAAUACAUUGUGACUGGAUCAGGGGACAAAAAGGCAACCGUAUAUGAAGUGAUAUACUAA